AUUAUUUUAAUGGAAGAAGGCGAACUCUAAUAGGAGUCAGCAAAGAGGAGGCGCACUCAUCGCCGUCCGUUUCUUCAGGCCGCCAGUCGCCGGUGACGGAGCGCAUCACCACAGCUGCCAUUCCAAUCCACACGUGUCAGUGGAGGACGGGGGGAUUGUGGCGGUAGAUCUUUGAUUGUCUCGAAUUUGAUGGCGAGGAGUUACCAUGUCAAUUGCGGUUGCUUCUGCGGUUUUUAGGUAUGAAUUUGAUGGAAUUGAAUUGUUUCUUUGUUAUCGUUUAAUUGGAUGUAAUGUUGUCUUGAUUUUUGAGUUGCCACUCCAUUUCGAUCGGCGGCGUCAAUAUUUGAAUCUUUAUCUUGAAACGCCCAUUCUUCUUUGUUUUACAGUGUUUUUUUUAUGUGAAUCUUUUUGGUGGUGUUUGUUUGCUUUUGUGUAUCGUGUUAAUCUAGGUUUCUGUUAUUGUUAAUUUUGUUCGUGUUCAAUAAUUUCUUGGUUUUAGGGAUUUGAACUGGUUUUGAUGGAGUCGUGAGUAAAUCAGAUUUUUACACAUAUAAUAUGGUUUCUUGGAUAUUAGAAAAAUAAGUGCGAGAUGUUUGAUGAUUAAAGAUGUUGAUAUUCUAUAAUCCCCGAUUGGGUAGGUAGGGCUUAGUAAUUGCUUUCUUGAUGGUAAAUGCAUGCAUUGGCAACUCUAUUUGAUUCCAAGAAAUUGCAUGUCAUAGCUAAGAUUAAAGAAUUUUCACUUGGGAAGUAUGAGAUUCUCAAACUCUUCUAUCAAGAUGGAUUUUUCUGUGAUUGAGUUGUUGCUGAGUUACUGUUCUGCAAUGAAGAAAAUUCAUAACCUAAAAUUUAUAGUCUAACAUUCCGAUUGGUGUUACAUAUUUGCAGUCUUCAAAAUUUCUUAAGAUGUUCAUUUUUUGCCUCCCUGGGGUAAGAACUAAUCCUGUCAGCUGAUCUGGUGACAGAAGAUUUCUAACUGGUUUCUGAUAAGUUGCUUUGAAGUUGUUGGUAUUUAAACAAAUAGUCGAAUUCCAACAAUGGAAGCAAAACAGGCUUUAUACAUUCAAAGAUCAGGUGCAAGAGAAAUUAGCAACUGUGGGGUCUCCACAGCUGUAGCUUCUUCAUGUUCUGUCGUUCCAAAUUCCAUGGAACAAACAUAUCCCCAAUUUUCUGCCUCCCAGCAAGGUUCCUUAACACAGGAAACUGUGCAUUGCCCAGUCUCAUCAUUAUCUUCCAACAGUGGCGUCGUCAGACACAUAUAUUCUUCGUCUUCCAGAUUAUCAACCGAUCUACACCACUCAUCCAUCCAAGAACAGGAAAAUAAUCCAACGCAAUCCCCAUUCAUUUCUCAGUCAACUACUGGAGGGAAAUCAGUUAUCUUAUCAGAUAUUGAUUCUGGAGUCUUUCAGCCAUCUGCAGUGAGUCAAUUCAAUCAAGAAAAUGAUGACUCCUGGUGCAAUGAUACGUUGUCAGAUUUGCUUGAUUUCCCAAUGACUGGUCCACUCCACAAUGGCGAACUAAAUGGUAUUGCCAUUCCAUCCGAGGAUCUCAGUAAGCCUAACGAUUGGCAAGACUGGGCCGAUCAGCUUAUUACUGAUAAUGAUUGGAGUGGGAUUCUAGCCGAAACAAGAGCUACAGAUCAGGGACCUAAGUUAUUGCAGGCAUCAUCAUAUCACAUAUCCCAACAGUCUGCGAGUAUCUCCACUCAACAUGCUCCUAUAUCCCAACAGCCUGCACAAUCUGCAGGUAUCUCGACUCAACAUGCACAUAUAUCCCAACAGCUCCCAAGUACUCCUGGAGAAGUUUGUUCGAGUGGUGGUCAAUCCUCAUCUGCGAAUGCUGCUCCAGCAAAGCAGCGCAUGCGUUGGACUCCAGAACUUCAUGAAGCUUUUGUGGAAGCUGUCAACAAACUUGGUGGCAGUGAAAAAGCUACUCCAAAGGGUGUGCUGAAACUCAUGAAGGUUGAAGGGUUGACCAUUUAUCAUGUAAAAAGCCACUUACAGAAAUAUCGAACUGCCAGAUACAAACCAGAAACAACAGAAGAAUCAUCUGAGAAAAAAGCUGCAUCAAUUGAGGAAUUGUCAUCCCUUGACUUAAAAACGGGCAUUGAGAUUACUGAAGCGCUGCGGUUGCAGAUGGAAGUCCAAAAGCGCCUUCACGAACAACUUGAGAUUCAGCGAAACCUACAACUUCGAAUUGAGGAGCAGGGGAGGUAUCUCCAAAUGAUGUUCGAGAAACAGUGCAAGGCGGGAAUGGCCAAAGGGGAAUCCUCGACAAGUGAUAACCCUGGUAAAGAUUCAACCCAUGCAGCAGUAGUAGAAAACAACAAGAAUAAAGAAAUACAAGGUCAAGCAGCAGCCAAAACAUCGACAGAAACUUCAGAGGCAGUCAGUGAGAAGCAGAAAACACUUGAAGACCGAGUUGUUGAGAAUCCUCAGCCCGACUCUCCCCCCACAAAGCGUGCAAAAGUGGACCAGUAGCCCCUUGAUGAGUAGCUUCUAAGAGUAAGCUCACAUGCUGGUAGAUACAUCUUCACUUAGAUAACUGUUACUUCUAGAAUGAAUAGAUAAAUUAUUCGACAGCGACUUUGUUUCCUAUCUCCAAUCUGCCGAAAGAGUAGUGAUUUUCUUGUUUCGAUGUUGAAUGCUUGCUUGGGCACAUGAACUUUUUUUGGAAUUUAGAUUUGGAUAUGUA